CAAUUAUGAACUCUGCAUCUUUGUCACUGAUUCUUCUCACCUGAUCUGUUGCAGAUAUUUGGUCAAAGAGUUUAUUAAAAGAUAACAUAAUAUAAAGUGAAAAAGCAAUGCUGCUUUCUCUCAUUGGUUGUGCAUAGAGCAAGGACAGAGAAAAACAGGUUCGUACGUAAGAAACACACAUUAACUGUGUUCUGCUUCCUUUGUAUUCUCUCACUUUUCUCUUUUUUCAGAAUUCAAUCUCUGGAAAUUUUCUUCCUAAAGAUUAAAGAGAACCGUUUGGACCAGAUCAGCUUGCCUCUUGUUCAUACGUCUUCCAUGGCUUCCGGUGAUGUUCUUCCUAGAUUCUUCACUGUCUUCCUCUCCCAUUGCAGCUCCGAAUCCAUGGUGAUACCAAGGUCUUACUACAAUCUUUUACCACGUCCGUUGCCCAAGACUGCGAUUCUCAUCGGAACUGGUGGAAGAUUUUGGAAAGUAGCAAUGACGAGCAAGCAAGAGCAAGUGUAUUUUGAACAAGGCUGGGGAAAUUUCGUUGCUGAUAACCAGUUAAAAGAGGGAGAAUUCUUAACUUUUGUGUUUGAUGGGCACAAAAGUUAUGAAGUAAGUAUCUAUGGUCGUGGAGAUUGCAAAGAGACUCGAGCAGUCAUUCAAGUUGAAGAGAUCUCUGAUGAUACAGAAGAUGACAACGUUUCUCUUCAUAGCCCUAGCAAUGUUUCACUUGAUAGCCUUAGCAACGAUUCUCAUCAUAGCACUAGCAACGUUUCUCUUCGAAGCCUUAGCAACGAUUCUCUUCAUGGUGAUGCUGAGAUAGAGAGCGACAGUGAGUAUUCUCCCGAGAACCUACCCUCAGCCUCUAUAUCUGUUGAAUCCGUUGAGGUGGUGAAUCCAACAACAAGCAGGCAGAGAAGUUACAAGAGGAAGACCAUUGAGAAUCCACAUCUGUAUUUGGAUGAUCCAAACAAUGUCUGUUUUGAGACGUGUCUUAAGCUUAGAAAGUUUGAGCUGUUAGUUCAUGCACAGUUGGUGAAAGACUACGGCUUGAUAUUCAGCGACAAUGUUGACUAUAUUGACGGAUAUGGAAAACUAACCGCGAAAACGACCAAGUGGGCAGAUCAACGGGUUUGCAUAAACAAAUGGCAGAAAAUAUGCGAGAGAAACCAGUUCACAGAGAAUGACUCCAUCCUAUGUGAAAUUCUCCGCAACGAGGACAAAGUGGUUUAUGCAAUCAAGAUUCACAUCUUCCGCGAUGCAGCAGCAAGCACUUGAUUCUCUGAUGCAGUUCUGCAAUUGUGUUUCUUCUCUUUCGAGUCUAGUCUUUUGUAGUAAACUAUUAGAAUGUCUAAUUUCAAAACAUGUUUAAGACUUUUGAGUUCUCUUGUAGACUUUGAAGUAAACACAAUGAGGAGCAGGCUUAAGCUUACCCGUUAAUCACUCUGUUUCUCUUACAAGUUACAAUCAUGUAAAAUGGGUUAGAAUGAUCGUUUUAAUA